CAGAUGUUGCUUCCGUGAUGCAUUGAUUUGCUGACAACUCCACAUCACAUGGCAGAAAUGAAAAAUUGUGCAGAUAGUCCGGAACCUGUAGAAGAUGUUCAGGGGGAUGGACGCUGGAUGAGUCAGCAUCAACGAUUUAUUACUGAGGGAAAAGAAAAAGAGCCAGAAGUCCUCCUCAUUGGUGAUUCAAUUAUCCAGCAAAUGAGAUUUUCCAAAGUGUGGAAUACCCUAUUCGAACCUCUGCAUUGUCUUAACUUUGGUAUCGGUGGUGACCAGACACAACAUGUUCUGUGGCGAGCCACUAAUGGAGAGCUGGAUGAUGUAUCACCAAAGGUAAUCGUUCUUAUGGUUGGUACCAAUAACCAUAACCACACUGCUGAGCAAAUCGUGGAUGGGAUCAUGGAGAUUGUUUGUGUGAUACGGAGUAAGCAAAAGGAUGCACAACUUGUCGUCAUGGGUGUCCUGCCCAGAGGACAAAAUCCUAACCCUCUGAGGAUAAAGAAUAGCAAAGUGAAUUCUUUACUUGAAGGAAAACUACAACGGCGGGAAAACGUGACGUUCUUUGCUGUGGAAGAUGAGGUGUUUAUCGGCAGUGAUGGGACAAUAGGGGCAGGUGACAUGUACGACUACCUUCAUCUGACACCUGAAGGCUACACAAAGCUCUGUGAACCACUGCUUGAGGUGGUUGAACACUUGUUACAGCUCUUUGUCAAAGUAGACAAUGUGUCCUUUGACACAGGCUCAAUGGCUGGGGACCUCGCAUCUGAUACUCAGUGAACUGUAGACUCUAGUAGUCUAUUGGAUCAAUCUUUCUGCUUUGCGGAAUAUUAGCUUUUUGUAAGAAGUUUAUCAUAUCGAGUCGGAAGAAUGUUUUUCUUGUGGAAUUUGGCACUAUCCCUAUUGUAAUCCUUGGGUAUUUUGAGUGGUCACGCUGAUAAUACUAUUGUAUGAAGAUAUAUCUAGCAGCCAAGUCUUUUCUGUUGUGAAUUAUGAAGGCUUUGUUACAAAACCAACAAUAAAGUAAAAAAAAAUAAUGAAGUAUAAGAAUGUGUGAUUAAGAGGAAAAGUUUAAUAUGAUGUUUGUUCUAUAUUGCUGAGAUAUUUAGUCUCCAUUUUCACAUUUUUUGUUACCAUGGAAAACAGGAUGUUUGUGAACAUCAUUUUUAGUAAAAGUGUACAGCACUUUGCCAUUUAAGUCGAUUAGCAAACAGUACCUGUUUGAGAAAAAAAACAUGUAAGUUCUUCACAAAAGCAUCAUGUUGUACAUGAGUAUACCUAUUGUCCCAUGAAGGCUGUACUGAUUUUGUGAACUAAAGUGCUAUCCAUGUAUGACUGUUAAGGAUCAUGUUAACUAUAGCCAGGACAGUCCUUGGAUGUCACACUGAUUGGAUUCUUGCCAUAUUCAAAGGCUUCUGCCCAGAUCCAAGUAUGGUAGUGUUAAAAUAUUUAUGAUGUAUCUUGGACAUUCCAUAUUAAAUAAAGUUUACUCAUAGCAAUUAAAAAAUGGGGGCUGCGAUGGCUGAGUGGUUAAGCCGUCUGACAGUCUGACCUCUGGGUCACAGGUUCAAGACCCACAUGAGGCAUUCACCAGGUAUUGGUUGCAAGUUGGUGGUUUUUCCUUUGGAACUCCAUCUUUCCUUCACAAGCCAAACCUGGCAUGUCCUUUAGUGACCCUGAACGGAUGUAAAUAACAAUAAACAAAUCAAAUUAAACAAAAGGGGAAUAUAGUUAUUUAGUCCAAUUUAGAUACCUGGUGUUAACUUAUAAGCCUGGUGGUUCAUACAGCCUGUUACUUAGGAAAUAAACACACUGUUUCAAUAAAAUUUUCUGGGUUUUUUUUUUCGAUUUUUCACAAUCUAGUCUUAUUAAUCCUUGUAUAUCAAUUAAAAUCAUUAAGUCCCAUGUGCUCGUUGACUCAGAUUAUUUUAGUGGGUUCCUGAACUAACCACAGGAACAUGGUACAACUAAUUCCAGUAUAUUACAUUAGGAGAAUUACUCAAUAUUAUUGAGUAUCUUAAUAUUGAAAUUGGAGCCGAGUCUGUUUCAACCAUCAGACAGGAGUUCAGGAGAGAAGAAUUAGGUUCUCUGAAUCAUUAGAAGGCUAAUUCCUUCAGUGAUCAGUGAUCUGAAUAAAGGAUGGAAGUCACACAACCUUGCAGUGCAGUUUACUUCACUGUCAUACACUGUUUUGAUACCACCCAGUGCUGUUCAAUGCCUGCACUUAAUCUCUGUUGUUUUACCCCCAGUGAUCCAGGAUCAUUUUUGUUGUUUGGUUUUCUAUUUUCUUUGUUAUUAAGACAUAGAGAAAUGAUUUCUUAAGCUGUUUCCCCUUGUUCCUACCUGUUAUGUUUAAUUGUAUGCUAGUAUUAUGAUCAAUGUAAGAAAAUGUGUGCCACAACCUAUUUAACAAUGUAUUUCCAACUACUGCCCAAUGUAUUUCAUCUCUAGGACUCAGAAACAUAUUUUUCUGUUUAUACCGGGUAUGUUUAUCAAAAAAGUAUACCGCAUAUCAGGAAGUUUUUGCUGGUUUUUAUAUUUUUGUGUAUUUAGCAACCAUUUCAAAAAUGAUAAAAAUGAAUUAAUUAAAAAAAAUUGCAUGUUUUCUGGUUAUUGGAAAUAUGUAAAUAAUGCACCAUUAGAGUUGAUGAAUCUACAUCUUUGCAUGACGCAAAAAUAUCCCGAUAUACGGUAUUGCUUAUAGAUUUGGGUGAAACAUGUACAUUGUAAUUUCAUAAGAAGUAAACUUUAGUUAUAAAUUUGGAUGAAAUUGAAAAAUUCCUGUUUCAUGAUAGAAAUUGAUUCACACAUAAUUUUAGAAGUAAAAUAUCAUUCAUGAAAAUGACUAUAACAGAUUUAGCUCGUAUGGCAGUCUUUUAUCAUGAGAUUUCACAUUAAAUAUGAUAUUACAGAAAUGAUUGAAGAAUUAUGUGUAAGUAGUGUUAUUCCUUCAAUGUUAUACAGCCACAAUAACAUCUCACAGGUUAAGUCUUUUCUAACAUACUUAUCAACAUUUAAACAUUCAAUCUUCCCUUCAAAGUCAUUGAAAUUGUUGUAUUAUGUUAAUAUUUGUGAAAUUUCAUAGCAGCUUAUAUUUGACAAUUGAAAUAAUUUAGUUUGAAAUAAUUGUUCGUACUAUAUAGAUAUUGAAAAAUUUUUUUUUUAAAAAAUGUGAAAACUGAAAUAUAUUGUCAAC